GCUUUGUUGGUGCUGUACAACUCCAUCCUUAGUCAACAGCACAUGAAUCCCAUAAAAAACAGCAAAAGCACAAGGCUAAAUAGAAGACCAACUGGGAGGAGCUAUAUAUUGUGAUAAAUUUUGGUUAUUUGCAUGCAUCAAAGUCCAUGCAAAGUAUGAGUAGCUUGGUUGAGUUGGUUUUGUUGGUCCUUGUGGCUUUCUUGUGGCUCAUAGCAACCAGGGUUUGCUCACAGUCCCAACUAGAGCCCCAAGUGCCUGGCCUCUUCAUAUUUGGGGACUCUUUGAUAGAUAAUGGUAACAACAAUGACUUACCCACUCUUGCCAAGGCCAACUUCUGGCCUUACGGGAUCGACUUUCCGCAGGGCACCACCGGCCGCUUCACCAACGGUCGAACUUACGUUGAUAUUCUAGCUCAGCUUCUGGGAUUUCCAGAUUACAUUCCAACCUAUUCAAGGAUUCGAGGCCGUACAAUUCUUGGGGGAGCAAAUUAUGCUUCAGGAGCAGCUGGUAUACGCAAUGAAUCUGGCAAACUUUUGGGGGCUAACGUGCCAAUGAGGGAGCAAGUUGCCAGAUUUGGAAGAACAGUGCAAGUGAUAAGUAGGAGGUACUUCAGAGGAGAUUACAGUGGACUGAUGGGGUACCUAAGCAAGUGCAUAAUAGUUUCUGGACUUGGAAGCAAUGACUAUCUUAAUAAUUACUUCAUGCCUUACUUUUCAACUUCCACAGUUUACACCCCUAAAGCCUUUGCUGCUUCACUCCUUGAAGAUUAUUCUAGCCAGCUUACGGCAUUGUAUAAAUUUGGAGCUCGAAAGAUAAUUGUAGCUGGGGUAGGCCAAAUUGGUUGCAUGCCAUACCAAGUAGCCCAAUACAGUACUGGUCGUAAUUGCAACGGCAGCAGAUGCAACGAAGAAUACAAUAACGCCGUCGAUCUCUUCAAUACCGGGCUCCGAAAAUUGGUGGAUCGUUUCAAUAGUGGUCAUGAGCUGCCCGGGUCUAAAUUUGUGUAUAUUGAUUUAAACCAAGCAAGUAAAGACCUAAUCCUAAAUGGCGCCUCUUACGGUUUUGAGGUGGUGGACAAGGCAUGCUGCGGGGUGGGAAAGACCAAUGGGCUAUGUCUUCCUCUUCAACAGCCCUGUAAUGAUAGGACCAAGUACUUGUUUUGGGAUUCUUUUCAUCCCACAGAGGCUGCCAACAUUGUGGUCGCCAACAAGUCUUUUUAUUCAAACUCCCCAUCUUAUGCAUACCCAAUUAGCAUACAUCAAUUGGCAAUGCUGUGAAAUGAUGAUCUCUAUCAUCUUUCCUGGAAACACUGUAAGCGUGUUUCCUCAAUUCUUACUGGAUCGAUGUUGUACGGUAAGACCGCAGAAAAUAAGCGUUACGCCUAGUGAAAUAAAUGUUAUGUACCCAAUACCGUUGUGCUUUUUGUUAUGCCAUUUUCCCCUUGUGUCUGUGUGUGCGUGUGUUUUUUUUUUUUUUGGAAUGGAACCCCUCGUUGUUUUGGUCAAGACCUUUUGAAUGCUGACUAAAUUUCUAUUAAAGCAUAGAUUUUAUGUA